AUGGAGGCUGUACUACCCGAUGGUACCAUAUUAAACAAUCUGGUUCAUGUACGUAAAGAUAAGACUGGCUUAAAUAUUAAGCAGCUUUUCACCGGAGGUGAAGGGUCCCGUUCAAGGAACGUUGCCUUAUUGGAUCUACCGUGCCAUGAAGAUGGUUUGAAAUCCUAUUAUAUCGCUAAAUACCAUCUCUCAGAAAUCCUUUCUGCAUUUGAAUUAAUGGACGAAACUUCGCAACGGUUUGUGGAUGCUCACAGUUCGCUGUCUCAUUCUCUGAAAGGAGAACACCCGUUUUAUGUUCUCGUUGAAACUCAAAGAUCCAGUAAAGGACAUGAUUUUGAGAAGCUCAAAUAG